AUUUUUUAACAUUUCGGCUGGAUCUAAAAUGGUCUUUGGGUUUUUCGGCUGGAUCCAAGAUGCAAGGUCUUUGGAUUCUUCGGCUGGAUCCAAGGUGCAAGGUGGGUCUUUGGGUUCUUCAGCUGGAUAUAAGGUGCAAGGUCUUUGGGUUUUUCGGCUGGAUCCAAGAUGCAAGGUCUUUGGGUUUUUCGGCUGGAUCCAAGGUGCAAGGUGGGU